AUGGAGACAGAUCCCAAAACCAAAGAUUACCAAGCAUUAACCGAACUUCUUCCUCUUUUCCUCCUCAUUGCUAUGUUCAUAGUUCUAAUCCUACCAUUCAACAUCUUCUACCGAUCAAGUUGCUUCUUCUUCCUCACUCGCCUGUUUCACAUUUUUUCUGCUCCUUUUCACAAGGUGACGUUACCCGAUUUCUUCUUGGCAGAUCAAUUGUGUAGCCAAGCGCAAACUCUUCGAAGCAUUGAGUUCUACAUUUGCUAUUACGGUUGGGGAGACUUCAAACAAAGAAAAAACACUUGUAAAGAGUCACAAGUCUUCAACGCUUUCUUAUUCAUUGUUGCUGCCUUCCCAUUCGUUUCUCGCUUCCUUCAGUGUAUGAGGCGAGUGUUUGAAGAGAGAAACAUAGAACAAGGGUAUAGUACAUACUGGGACUUGGUCUAUGACUGGGGACUUCUGAACCGAACAUCCAAGAAUCCGUGGCUACGCGAUAAUCUCCUCGUCCCAUGCAAGGAAGUUUACUUCAUUGCAAUAAUCUUGAACGUGGUGCUGAGAUUUGCAUGGAUGCAGACGGUUCUAGAUUUCAAAUUCGAGUCUAUGCACACACAAACUGUGAUCGCCCUCGUCGCAAGCCUUGAGAUCAUUCGUCGUGGAAUAUGGAAUUUCUUCAGGUAA